AUGGCGGGGAACGCGCGGCCGCGCAUUCUCGACGACGAAUUCGACUUCAACGCUGCCGACCUCUCGAAACAGUUCGAACAGUUGCUACGAACAAGGAGGUUAAACGAACUCGAGGAACAAGCAAGGACUCCUCGCUCUGCGUCACCCCAUCUCGCACCUCCCACGUCGUCGCACAUCACACACCCCCCGAACUCCGCACCCUCGUCCGUGGCGCCCAGUUCUCUCUCGUCGCAACACCACCCGCCGACCUACACCAACUUCCGCAGUUAUCCAAUUGUCCCUUCUCCGCCACAGGAUGGUCCGUCCCUCAAAUUCCGAAAUCUCCUACUCACCUUGUCCAUGACCCCCGUCAAAUAUGAAAAUCCCGGCCUGCUGGACGAGGCAUUAACACACGUGCCCAUUGACCGAAUCUAUGUCGAGGCCGAAGAGGAACACAAUCUGCUGAAAGCCCUAGCGGCCUCCAAAGGUGACAACGUCAAACCAGAAUGGGGUUACCAGGACUGCGUCAUCAGAUCGCUGCUCAGGUGGUUUAAGCGGUCCUUUUUCGCCUUCGUCAACAACCCUCCCUGCUCAAGGUGUCAUGGUGCCACCAUCGCCCGGGGUCAGACGCCCACCACCCCGGACGAAGUCGCCCGUGGAGCGACAAGAACCGAGCUUUACCAGUGCACGAAUCCUGGUUGCCAGGCCUUUGAAAGGUUUCCUCGAUACUCCGAGGUUUGGACGUUGCUGGAGACUCGGAGAGGGCGGGCAGGAGAGUUCGCCAACUGUUUCAGCAUGCUGUGCCGUGCCGCCGGCGCCAGAGUACGAUGGGUGUGGAACAGUGAAGAUCACGUAUGGACCGAGGUUUAUAGCGAGCACCAACGGCGGUGGAUCCACGUCGACCCUUGUGAAGAGAUGUGGGACAAUCCAAGAGUAUAUACGGAAGGCUGGAACCGAAAGAUGGCCUACUGUAUCGCCUUCUCCAACGACGGAGCCACCGAUGUCACCCGUCGAUAUGUGCGCAAUUCUCGUUAUCACCUCCCUAGAACUCGCUGCCCGGAAGAGGUCCUGCUGUGGAUCAUGCACGAGAUUCGUAAAAUCCGACGCGAGAACAUGGACAAGCACGUGAGGAACCAAUUGAUGCGGGAAGACGAAAGAGAAGAGCGGGAGCUCCGCAGCUAUGUCGCGCAAUCCUUGGCCAGUGACAUGAUCAACUCCAUGCCCGGGUCGAUCAAUGCUGAACGACCCGACGAGGUGAAACAUCCGGUCGACAGACAACAAGAGGCCGCUGUUCAAUGGUCUCAGCAACACAUGGAUCAGUCGGGCCAUCGGUAG